CAGUCGCCCAUGCGCCGCCCGGGGCCGAGGUAUAUAAACUCCCCAUCAGCGCACCUUCGGUCUCAACCCACAGGCUCCUGCUGUCGUGUGAGUCAUGGAGGCCGCGCGCUUCCCCCUCAGUGUCCGUCUGACCGGAGUGAUGCACAAGGAGAAGAGCAAAAUGUACAUGACCUCGGUGCUUUGGUCGGAUCAGAGUGAAAUCCCCGUUUACAGAACUUUUCGUGAAUUCAAGAAAUUCCACAAACAAAUGAAGAAGGCUUUCCCGACGCCAAGUAAGCUGAAAACAUCUGAAAGAAUCCUCCCGAGGUUCCGAGACAGGAAGGCGAGGCGGAGCGGCCAGGGCAAGAAGGGCCCCACCAGAUCCCUGCUGCGCCUCAAGUUCUUGCAGAAGUAUUGCAAUGAGCUUCUGAGCUGCGACCCGCGGGUCACGCAGUCUGGAGAGCUCAUCCAGUUCUUCGACCCCAAAGAGCAGGACCUGCGGCCGGACUUCUCCAAGAACAGCAUCCUAAUCAUGCCAUCGGAUGAGGACACCAGGACCGACGCGGGUCACCUCGGUGGGGGCAACGUCACCCAGCCGUUUGUCACCGAGACAUACAGGUGCGUGGCCCCCUACGAGACAAAGGACACCAAGAACAAACCGUUCAAAGUGGCGGUGGAUGAAAAAGUGGACGUGCUCAUCAAAGACAAAGCAGGGUGGUGGCUUGUGGAGAAUGAAGGCAAACAGAUGGCCUGGUUCCCUGCCCCCUAUCUGGAGAAGCUGGAUGAUGACGACGUUGAAGAUGAAACGGAUGGGACUCCCGAAAGAGGAACUCUGUGCACCGCGAUCAAGAGCUACAAGGCCACCAACGACGACGAGAUAACUGUAAGCAUCGGUGCAGUGGUGGAGGUCCUGCAGAAAUCCAACAACGGCUGGUGGCUCAUCAGAUACAAUGGUAAAGCAGGCUACGUCCCCACCAUGUACCUGCAGCCCUACAACUACCCUCACAUCCGCCUGGCCGGCCACCAUCAGGAUCGCCGCGCCUACCCCUCGACGCUGGAGCAGUCCCACCAGCUCAGCCACUCUCACGGAAACCUGCUGCAGCUUCCGCCCGUCGGGUCAUCACCCCACCCACUGCAACCAGACGCGAGACAGAGGUCCCUGUCCCUCAACGUCCUAUCUGACCAACCUCCUGCUCAGCCAGCACCGAGUACCUCUGCGACCAGCGUCGCCACAGCAACCCCCGCUGCGCAACGCGCUCCUCCUCCUCCCACCAUCAUGGUGGAGAUGGACGCAGAGGAACGGCGUGGCAGGAGCCAGAGAGCAGAGAGCGAUGCAAGCUUUGGGAGCAGCAGCAGCAGCAGCGACUUCAGCGACGACCUCAGCUCCUCCUCGGCGAGCUCCUCCUUCAACCUGAGCCCGAGCACCAACGAUGAAAACCUGCGCCUCAGCCGCACGCCUCCGCCGGUGGCGAGGAACCGCCUCAGCCCAGCAACCGCCCCAGGGGGGAAAAUAAUCCCCAGUGUCUCUGAUCCCAACCUCUACAAGGGGGCCACAACACCCAAGGUGCCGCCCAGGCCGCGGCCUCAGGAGAUCCUCACUCGCUGCACCACAGUCACCCGCAAGAAUGCGAGCAGGGGCGGCCUGUCACCCACACCAACCCAGAUACUGAGCCAGUGAAGUUGUCCCCUGACACCAAUGCUGUCUCUUUAGUUUUUAUUAAAGAACCUCAUCUAUUUAGCAUUUUGGUUAAAAAUACCAACUUAAAAAAAAUGACUUGUGCGCUGCCAUUCAAUUGGCAGCGCACAAAUGAAUUAGGUUUGUUCAACUUAAAGUUAGCAAUCGUCUAUACGUGUUAACCUCGUAACUUUAAGUUGAACUAACUAUUAAUUUGCUGCCAAUUGUAAAGUAAUAUUUUUGAGUGGGUGAACAAUUUUUCAAUUUUCUUAUUUUUUCGGUGAGAUUUGGUUAAUGGUGGCUGUGCGAGAUAAUCAUUUAACACCCAUUCAAUCGUAUUUUCUCAAAGCAAGGGGGGAUCUUGAAAUAUACACAUUGUGCAUCUGGUGAGUCACACUAUUGAAUGAUCAACUCUGAAAAUCAAAGUUAUGGCUGUGUCCGGAAAUAUUUACUAGAAUUCUGAGUCGCCGCAUUAAAUACUGAGAGGACUGUGGGGAUAUAAGAAAUGUCAAUACUACUUUAAAAGUUUUGUUGACAUUUGAUGCCACGUGUAAUGUCCAUGUUUGCAACAUCCACAAAAUCUGCUAAAUUAAAUCAGCUUACAUGUAUAAAUAAGGUGAUUAAAUAGAUACACUAUACAUUCAUGAUGCACCUAUUCACUACCUGUUCUGAAUGAUUUCUUUUCCAUAUUGGAAAGCUGUGUUGUGCCUUAAAUGCAUUUUCACUGCGUGGAGUGUUUAGCGUGUCAUUGGUCCGAACUUUUAUCUGCAGAAUAAUGAAAUGUUAGUUUGAAAAGCCUGUGUGUGUGUGUGUGUGCGUGAGAAGGCCUUUUGAGUAUGUUUACAGCAGAUCUACUUGAAGAAUGAGAUGCAAGUAAUAGACAUGUACAACCCAGAUCCGACGGUGUAAAAUAACUAGGUAUGUUCAUAUAAUUCUGAGGAGCUGGGAACAAAUAAAAACGUUUUUUUCAUGUGA